AUGGCCCGGGCGUCUCUAAUGGGGGGGGGCACAGGUGGCCAAAAACCAGCAGCAGGAGAGGAAGGGAAAAAUGCGACCAAGUCAUCUGAGGAGCUCCCUACCGCCAAAGAGAUUGGCGCAAAACUCAUCGCGGUGAUAAAAGAAGACAGAAAGAGCCUGAAGAAUUUGUAUGGAACCACAGACCAGGAGUUGGAUGAAAACUUGAAGGACCCAAUUAAGAAAGGAGUGGAAAUGGCGGGAAAGUUGAUUACCGAAAAGGGCUGCAGUUAUGAGAUCGCGAUAGAUUUAACUGCGCUAACACUUUAUAAUGUGGCCGUCUUAAUUGGUAUGUUCCGACUCUAGAACUCACUCGGUAGGGUUUGCUUUGCUUAUCGUUGGUUGCAUGAAUAGAUGACUCUGGCUCUAUGAUCUCUGAGGAAAAUGGUGAGAGGAAGAAUACCUUAAUACAAUAUGUCGACAGCAUUACCGAAAUUUGUUCGAUGGCAAAUGAUUGCGGUAUCGCUGCGAUGCGUUUCAUGAACAGUAAGAAAGGCAAAAGAAACUGGAGGGCGGACUCAUCGCAAGGGUAUCUAGAUGAACACUUGUAUGGCGGUGUGACAAGGAUCGGAACGGAACUUCAAAGCAAGAUUCUGGAUGUACUCGCGCCCAAAGCACCCAGUCAGAAGAAUCCCGAGCAGAAAAGACCCCUCCUGGUGCUAACUGUCACCGAUGGCGCUGUAUGCUUCCUCCUAAAAUUUCUAAAGCUGUAUAAUAACUCUCUAAAAAAACAGGUUGAGGGUGAGCGGAAAGGCCAUCUGAAAAGUAUCAUUCGGGACUGCGUGAACGAGCGUCAAGAAGCUGGUAAAGGGUUCGAAGGUUAGUCGGUCGUGGUGCCCGCACGAUACACCUUUCUCCAGUACUUACAAAGGGUUCACAGCCGUGACAUUCCAAUUCUCACGCAUCGGAAACGACCCCGGCGCAACCCAGCUUCUAGAAGAACUAGACAACGACGUGGACCUCGGAAAAUACAUCGACAUUCUGCCAGUUGAGUGCGAUCUCAGACGCCAGCUCGCAGAAGAUAGGUGGUUUGUGGUAUGUCAGAAUCCCGCCCCCCAACCCGAUUGAUUUGAAACGGAAGCCCGACUAACUUCAUAUUCCCACUGAAAUAAUAGCUACCGAAGAUCUUGCUCGGUGCAAUUUUACCUGAUGUAAAAAGCCCACACCCCAAAUCUCUAGACCAACAGUCGGCUAACAAUCGGGCGCAGUGGGACGGGCAGGAUUACUACCAAAUUGCGAGUGAGAAGAUACGGGACCACAUCGCUGAGAUGAAGGUGGAUGGCAAUGUUGAAUCCGAUGAAGACUGGGAUGAGUGA